UGAAAAACUUCAUUUUCUUAGAUUUUCUUUCCUGUAGAGAUGCAAUGGCAAGAGAGAGUUUGAGUGGAGGGGAGAUGGAUUGCAGAUGGCAGCAGCAGCAAUAAUAGUAAUACUAGCAGCAGAGGCGAAGCUGCUACUCCUUCGUAUAUCAAUCAGAGGCCCUGCCAUCAUAGCAAAGUUACUGUGACGGUGCAAUACGGCUAUGCAGCUACGCGUUCUAGUGUAAUUGCCAAGCACAAUUCCCCCAGAAAACUGGUCCUGGUUGUCGCUUGUCUUAGCAUCCGACGCCCGGAAGCUGGGCUUGCCGUUGCGAAUUGUGGGCGUGAUGGCGACGCUGAUUGGCCAGCGAUUAUCUGAUCAGAUUAAAAAUCCAAUCUCCCCAUCCAAGCGUCCGCGCUAGCACAGGCUAGUGGCUGAGACAAUUUGCUGCAAGGUACAAAUUUGUACGCCCAGGGAGACACCCAAAAAGCAAGUCACAAAGAGGGCGUCGGGAGGCCUGUGUUCCGGCCACCAUCGAGGACUCCGACCCCAGAAAAUAGACUGGAUCGACCCAAGGCUACUGCUUUUGCCUUGCAUCUAGAGCCUAUUUGGGAGAUUGGCCUUUGGAAUCAUUCCUCCCGGCUCAGGCCUCAUCCGAAUUUAGCGUGUAGUUUUGUGAAUAAGGUUGCACAAGAGUGCAAAGAGGCAGCCAUUGUUGACCUUGGCGCGUCUGAUUUGGCCAAGUUGAGAUAUGCUUUCGGACGCGUUGGCUUCCGGCAGAGAAAAAGAACUAUGAUAUAACAAGCCCGUGCUGCGGCCAUUGCUGUACAGAAGCUACCAUUGCUUGAUCUCAUCACACUCCAAUUAACACUUCUCCUCCUAAGGAUCCAUACAUCUCCAUCAUGUACUUCUCUCAGGCCACUAUUGCAGCCGUCGUUGCUGCCGGACUCGUGUCCGCUGCUCCCGCCACUGUUGCCAAGCGCGUUGCCGUUACUGAUGCUGAUAUCCUUCAGUACGCCCUGACAUUGGAGCACCUCGAGGACACCUUCUACCGCGAGGGUCUCCAGAAGUUCUCCGAGAGCGACUUCAAGGCUGCCGGCUUUGACUCGGUUGUCUACAACAAUGUCAAGACCAUUGCCAGCGACGAGGCUGCACACGUUGAGUUCUUGACUGGUGGUCUUACUGCUGCUGGUGCCAAGCCCGUUGCUGCCUGCACAUACGACUUUGGUGUCAAGGAUGUCAAGAGCUUCAUGGCCACCGCCUCUGUCCUUGAGGGCGUUGGUGUUUCCGCCUACCUCGGCGCCGCUGCUGACAUUAUGAGCAAGGGCUACCUCACGGCCGCCGGCUCUAUCCUCACCGUCGAGGCCCGCCACUCCUCGUACGUCCGCGCCAGCUUGAAGCAGAAGCCCUUUGCCCAGGCCUUUGACACCCCUCUGUCUCUGGACGAGGUGUACUCCUUGGCCUCUGGCUUCAUCAAGUCGUGCCCCAAGGAGAACGCCGCACUCCCUGUUAAGGCUUUCCCUGCCCUCGCUCUUGACCCCAAGGCCGGCACCGUCAAGACUGGCGACGAGAUUACUCUGUUGACACCCAACUACAUUCUCAAGGGUGCUGAGGGCCCCGCCACCAUCUACGCUGCCUUCAUCUCCGUCACUGGCCCUACCUUUGUCGAGGCCAAGCCCGUCGAGGGCGGCUUCAAGGUCACAGUUCCCAAGGGCUUUGGUGGUCAGAGCUACGUGGUCCUGACAAGCUGCAAGGACGCCGUCAACGACGACACCGUUGCUGCCGGACCUGCUAUUGUGGAGAUUAGCAACUAAAGCAAAGAAGCAGUGAUUAAGCAGAGAAGCGGAAUGAUAUCCGAACCUUAUUUAAUUCUAAUGUAAUUUACCUUUUUUUUCCCCUUUCAGCUCCAUGCCCUUUAUCCUUUUUCACAUUGCCACUUCUGCCGGCUUUGGCAUCGUAUGUCGUUUACGAGUGCAUGACGUGUUGAUGUGGAUAUCUCGCUCAUGCGGCGUGAUGUUGGCUGGUCUAGAUGGAAUCCGAGAACCAAUCAACGUCGCUCUUUAUUGGCCAGUGUUUGGUGCCAAUUAACCCCGGGUUAGGAACGAUGGCGGGGGAUCCUGGAGAAGCCGUUGAUAGCCAUUCGAUGCCGGGGAAGGAGGUGCGGAGAAGCGAACCAGCGUUGAGGGGAAGGCGGGUUAAUGCUGUAGCAGUGAUUUAGCCUUGAUUAAGCGGAGACGGAGUGGAUGCGAGAGGGAAAGGGGAGCCUGGGGCAGAGCCCAAAAGGAGCAAAGAAAGCCAUGCGUGCUUUGUUUUUGUGUACAGACAGCGUGUACGGUGCACGGUGCCUCAGCGUGCUGUCCAGCAUGGUGCGUGUGGAGAAGGCCAACAGAGCCCAACAAAGGGGGGGAAAUUGCUAACCUUGGAAAAGGAACGGGCUAGGCUGCGCCAGGCUGGGCGCCGGGGGGCGCGGGCUGCGCGUGAAUUUGACCAAAAAAAGUGUAAGCCCGUGAGUUUAUUUCAAACAAAGAAAAUUUUGCGCAGGACGUUGUAGCGGAGAAAUUAACUUUUCGCUUGUUUUUUUAUUUUAUUCUAUAUGUCGUUUUUACGCGUUUGCGACCAUGACGAACAUACCCCUAAUGAGGCACACUAAGAAAUACACUAACGGGG